AUGUACCGCAGGUUCUUUCGCAGCGCAGCCGUUAAGCAUUUAGGCACGACGAGUGCGCAAUGUCUGAUGCGUGCAACAAAAUAUCCCUGUGGCGCGAUGUGCAGGAAUGCUAGCAGCUGCCACCCACAGACACUGGGCUACCAACAGAGGUUCCAAUCAACAACGGACAAGAAGUUUCACUGUAGCGUGUGUAAGAAGCCAUUUCGUCUUGAAAUGGCGGCUAAGUUGCACCUCCAGCAGGCGCAUGGCGGAGACGGUUCUGUGGAGGCCGGCCCCGGACCCGGUGUCGAGGCCUCAUCCGUUAACGUUGUCAGCACACCGGUGCCCUCACCGAUAAGUCCUGUUGAGCGAACGUUUGUCGAUGAAGAAGAGCGCCGCCCGCGUCGCAUGAGGCCGACGCCGAAGCCUCUUCAUCAACCCGACCGUGACAUACCAGCUGCUGCGAUGGAAGAGAUGCUUGGCGUAUGGGACAAAAUUGGGUUGAACAGGCUGGAGGGUAACUUUGUGCACAGCACGAUGGUGAUGAAGGUGUUUGCUGCGCCCCCUGAUGUGUCAGAGAUACCCCUUUAUGAACACGUUGCCCCUGAGGGCGAGAAUCCAUUCGAUAGUUUGGACCACAUGACCACAGGUACCGUAGAUGCGACGUACGUUGGUCAUGAUGCUUUCGCAGAAGUGGACCUGGUGGACCCUUUUGUUGCCGCACCCGAUCAAACAUUGAACCCAUUUCGCGCUGGAAAGGUCCGAAACCCUUUUACGCGAAUCUCUCCCACACAACGGGAGGUAGUCAAGCCAUUGCAACCGCCCCAACCGAAAGAGGAGCCACUUAAAGCCCCUGUUACACCGUUUGGGCAGCUGCCGAUGUUUGGGCAGACCAGGGAGCCAAGUGCCUCAUUUGCAGCAGCAGCUGUUUCGGUCCAAGCGGCCGCAAAUCCGAAUGAGGUUUCUUCACCAUUCGCAGCUGCAGUCAGUAGUUCACCCUUUGUUGGUCAGGUUGCGUCGCCAUUUGCUCCUGCGCAGGAUGUGGCGGGGAGCCCAUUCGAGGCGUCACCGUGCGCGGCCUCGUCACCCUUUGUUACAGCCGGAGGGCAGGAAACAUCUCCCUUUGCAGCUCCGUCUACACCUGCCUCCUUCGGUCAGGGGAGCUUGUUUCCUCCAAUGGGGACGGGAGCGCCUGGUUUUACUGCAAUUACUGAGACUGAGCAGCGCCAACAGGAGCUGGAGCACGGCUGCCCCACAUGCGGAAAAAAAUUUUCUACGUUUGAGGGAGCUGCCAUGCACAGCAAGUCAAAACACGGAAUUGUGCUAGAAUCUAAGAAGGUGAAAGACAGGCUGAACAGAAAGGGAGUUCCUGAUUUACCCGCGUACGUGCCCAGUCCGGUGGAUUUGUCUUCCACCUCCCCCUUUGGAACCAGGUCUGCCAUCGGAGCUUCAUGGGCCGAAACGGAGCUCAUCCCCCAUGCGCAGUGCGUGAGUAACAUCACUAUUGUUGGCCGCGUGCUCGAUGUUUCGCAGGCGUCGGAGAAUGUGUCUCACGUGACUGUUUUUGUUGAAGGAGAGCGGAGUGGUGAGGAGGAGACCUUGACACUUUGUUGCUUUGGCGAGGUCUCUCAAAAAAUUCGUGGGACUUUGAAGCGCAACGCAACGAUAUUCGCAAGCGGCACCCUUCGGCUUCAUCCUGUGUACGAAGCAUCAAACAACAAAUAUUACGUGAGUCCUGUGGUGCAUGUGUCAAUGCCCACAGGGACUCUAGCUGUGAUCACAUAG